CACACACACACACACACACACACACACACACACACACACACACAGGACCAUAAACACAGGGAGUGAACUGUGAUACUCUGCAGGGCUGAAACACUCAGAGACUCUGCUGCUGGACAAACACUUCAACAGACUUUUUACUGUCAGUUCACCCGUCUGUCUGUCUGUCUGUCUGCACUGAAGACCACAGUGGAUGUAGGACAGGGUUUUGAGGACGGACUGCAGCUGGUUUUCACGUCCCUGAGUCGGCGCUGAUGGUCGGAGCAGCUCAGUUUCAUCUCGUUUCGUGGUUUUCUGAAUGAACUGAUUUCAUGGCGAUGAAGCGUCUGAGCAGCCUGAUGCUGAGGAAGUGGAAGGAGAAGGAGAGAUGGACGGGGAGGAGGAGGAGCGAACCGUACGGGGGAGGAGAGGAGGAAGAGGAGGAAGAGGAAAGGCAAACAGACAGGAGAGACAGACAGACACACAGACGUAUGCUGAGGAGGAAGUCUGAACCCUGCGGACAGAUGGAGGAAGACGAAAAGAGGGAGGAGAAGAAGAGCGAGAGGAAGAAGGAACGCAGGAGGUCUGAACCCAGCGUGGAGGAGGAGGAAGACAGGAAGAGGACAGAGACGGGCAGAGGGAAAGAAAGGAGGAAGUCCGCUUCAUGGAUCAUGGCGGAGGACAGAGCCGGAGGACAGGCGGACAGGAGGCAGAGGGAGGCGGACAGACGGACGCUGCGGCGGCGGUCGGAGCCCUGCGGGAUCCUGCACGUCCAGCUGCUUCCUCUGUCCAACAGGAAGAGGAGGGAGCUGCUGCAGAGGCGGACGGGACGCAGGACGUCCUGCAGCGAGGAGGGGGACGGACAGACGGACAGGAGGCAGGGAGACGAGUUCAGACCGAUGACCCGGGGGAGGUCCGAACCCAUCGGCCCUCUGGACAAUAGUAAGCAAAGAGACUACAAGAACACUUCACUGGUAGUUUGUUUGGUCUGAGACUAAUAUAGAUACGCUACACACUAGCAACCAUGCACAAUCACCAUAGCAACCACCUCAAACACUAACGGCUACCUAGCAACACCGAUGGAUGGAUGACACAAUAAAGGGGUUCGUGUCCCGUGUGAAACCAAAAGUCAUCGUCGACUUAUUUAAAGUUUUACCUUAACUGUGACUUACGUGACGUACUUAUCUGAACCCGAACCCUGAGCUUUUCCUAAAACUAACCAACUGCGACAGUUUCACCACGUUAACCACGUGUUUAACGUCACGUGACUUAUGUCACAUGAUUUACGUAACGUGUGCUUGCAGCGCGUCCUCAGCUAGGGGCGCUACUUUAGGAGACGCUCCUGUGGGUCGUAGGAACAAACGACCUGUGUGGUCGUUUGGGUUGGAGGACUGGUUGACUGUCUCAGAUACAGCAACAACAACCUGCCGUGCAUCUAGGAUCCACAACCAACUCAAAGACCCUAACAACCACCUAGCAACACAUUAGCAACCAUCCAGAAACACUGCCAAUAAACACUUUAGCAACCUAGCAACUGCCACCCAUUUAGCAACAAACCUCACCCAAGCGUGUGAGACAACAAGCUUACUACACCCUCCAUGUAGCAGCUGUUUUGGAGCUUUCAGUCAUGUCACAUGAUCUUCAUCAGUACAUGGAGUUACCCAGUUGUUUGGGAAUUGCAGAUGUUCAAAUCGCCAUUUUUCUGAGCACUUAUAAAGCACUUAACGACUUCUGGCGAAUGUUGGAUUAAAAGCCGACGUUCCAAGUUCAUGCUUGACUUUGUGAACAGCAGCUGAGAAAACACUUUCAGCGCAAGGUCCAUUUAGUAGCUGCUGCGGAGCUUUCGACACAUGUCACAUCACAGCUUUAGAGCCUGCUGUCACAGCCUUUGUGGCUUUGCCGUCUGUGCACGCAGCACUCCUCUCCACGCAGCGCGACGUGCUGGCAGCUUCACCGGCUGAGUGCAGGAACAAAGAGUUCAGGCGAAAAAGCAAAUGCCCCCCUGUCAUCGCUGCACAGGUGGAGCCGUGCUCAGGGUGUCAGCGUGCGUCAUUCCACCGCAGCAGGCCUGCUCUUCCCACCAAAACUAAACCUGUAAUCACUGUUUGUGUGAUUAGAUUAAUGCCACUGAAUACCAGCUCGCUGUAAUCACAGGCUGGAAACACCCAGCAGUUUUCUUACAAAUUCAACUCUGUCAGGAUGCUAAACAUCACGUUUCGCUGGAUGAUAAUUCAGCGUUACCGUUAAAGGUUUCCCCACAUAAUGCUACGAAGGUCGAACGCUCACGGAUCCUGUGGGAAACCUUGUUUCUGCUG